AUGACCUCUUCAAAUGGACAGGGAGCUGAGCCAGGCAAUACUCCAGAGAAUCAGUGGGAAUAUGAUAUCGUAUCAACAGCGCAUCCCAGAGUUCAGUCCCGCAUUGAAAAAUGGCUUAGAAAAAUCGAGGACCAGCAACUACAAAAGAUCGAAAAUCCUCGGAUUCCCGUCGAAAUCAUCUUCCAAAUUAUCGAAUUACUUCUAAACGAUCACGACGAAUGUACGGCAGUCUGUGUCGCUAUUACAGGCCGUGCUUACUAUCGAUUCUUCCGCUCAGUUCACCCAGAACAUGUACUACUCAUUUCAAGACCACCAUACCCUUACAGCCCAAAGGGGUUCCCGCCUAGUCUCGCAAAACUUCUCCACGAAUCGUUGGUUCCAAAUUACCGAUUCUCGAAGCGACUCCAUCAAUACCUUCUUUGCUCCGUCUAUGGGGAUGAAGCCGGUAGUGACAAAGAGUGGGAUUUGAUCCAGCAAACUAGAGACUAUCGUAGCAUCAAAUCAAGACAAGGACAUACAGUCGGAAAACUAAUCUUGCCAAAUCCAUUCGGAAUGGGAACCGAUUGGUAUCUUGCAGCAGUUCGCCAGUUUGUCAAGCACGUUGAAGAAGCAGUUCCAGAUCUAUCCACCGUCGGUAGCAACCUAAUGCAAUAUGUACCCGUCGUAAUGCCCGGGAUCUCGGUGAUUGGGCUAACAAUGAGUACAUUCACAUCGACGGGACUUCCAGUUCGUUUAGUCAACAUGGCUUCAUUACCAGAUACGAUACCAUGGCUGCAUGGAAUACCAUACCCAGCAGUAACUUCGACUGGACACAUUAUCCCUGGACAAACGAUGCUCGGUCAAACCCCCAACCAAGAUCAACUCCGAGAGAACCUGAGGAUGACGAAUCUCGCGGUCAAAGACCAAUAUGCAAGAGUCACAGCAAUGCGAAAGACUCACCUUUGGCAUUUGAUGGGAAAGUACAUUAAUACGCGGAUUCUGGAUUAUGAUUCAAAUGGUAAUGUUCUGGAAAAAACUAGGCGUAUGUGUUUUUGGGAGGCAAUAGUUCACGCUUCGAAACAAGAUUGGGAACAGUUUUUUCUUCUUUUGGCCGACGGGGUUGAGAUUACUAAAAGCAAUGAAUUAGCUGGGUUGUGA